AAACUGCCUGAUUCUAUAACCAGAUUACAAAAUUUGCAGACACUAAAACUCUCCCGUUGUGUGUUACUAGAAGAAUUGCCGAGAGACAUUAAAAAAUUAGUGAACCUCAGGCACCUUGAGAUAGAUGGAUGUGAUAGUUUGAGUUAUAUGCCAGUUGGAUUGGGGCAACUGACUAACCUUCAGACGUUAUCCGCAUUUUAUGUCCACUCGGGUUCUCCCUCCAGACAUAGUGAUAGUGGUGGUUUACAAGAACUAGGCGGAUUAAAUAAGCUGAGAGGACGCUUAGCGAUUCAAAAUCUGGGGCAUGGGAAAGGUGUUGCGUUAGAAUGUAAGGCUGCGAAUCUGAAGGAGAAACAACAUCUUAGUACUUUGUUUAUAUGGUGGAAAGAAGUUGGAUUAGAUGAUGCCAAUAAUUCGGAUGAAGCGUCAUUGGAAGGCUUGGAACCGCACCCAAAUCUGAAAAGGCUUUCCUUAGAAUACUAUCAGGGUUCAAGGCUUCCAAGUUGGCUCUUGUUACUCACAAAUCUUGUUUCAUUUCGAUUACGUAAGUGUACGAAAUGCCAAUAUCUGCCAACGCUGAGUCAACUGCCUUCUCUCAAGAAUCUUAUUCUUUGGUCAUUGGAGGCUAUGGAGUACAUAUCAGAAGACGGUGAUAGCAAUGAGUUCUCUUCUUCUUCAACGGUGCAAACACCAUUUUUCCCGUCUCUCGAGUUUAUUGGGCUCUAUGAUUGCCCUAAUUUCAAGGGGUGGUGGAGGAGGAGGAAGGUGGAUUCUUCUGUGGAGCUCAAUAGUAAUAGUGAUAAUUCCGUUGAAAUAACGGAGCAUCAUUUACUCCCUUCCUUUCCUCGUCUUUCACACUUACGUAUCUGGUAUUGCCAUAUGUUGACUUCCAUAGAGUGGAUCCACAACUGCAAAUCACUUCAAGUGCUUGAAAUUCGUGAAUGCUCCAGUUUGACAUCAUUGCCCGAAGGAAUGCAUAGGUUAACAUCUUUGCAAAAACUAACAAUUAAGGAUUGUCCCAUCUUAUUGCAAAGAUACAAUAGAGACACAGGUAAGGAUUGGGCCAAGAUCGCUCACAUUCCAGAGUUACAUUUAUAGUAACUGCCUCAAGAGUGAGAAAAUUCAAGCACCCAUGCAUGCAUUUCGACUGAUUCGGAUGCAGAAGCAGCAGAAUCUGUUGAAGGCACAGAAGAAACAGGGGACAAAGAUUCAGAGCUUCUAAAAAUUAUAUGAAGAAAAUGAAAAUUAUUAUAUCUGCCAGACUACCUCAACUGAGAAAAAAUUAAAACACCCAUGGAUCUUCGAUUUAUUCAGAAGUAGCAGAACCUAUUGAAGUACAGAAGAAACAGGGGAAAGAGAUUCAGAGCUUAUUAAAAAAAAUCUAGGGCACUACGUGAUUCUUCACAUAUUAGGAGCAAUUAGUGGAAAUUGGCACUUGGUGAAAUUGGAGCAAAUAUUGUGCGGAAGAUUCAAUCUGGCAACAACACUCUGAGAACUACCAUACUGCACGGGUAUUUUUGGCUUCUCAACUUUUUUGAUUCUUUAUAUGGAAGCAAGAUGUGAAUCAAAUGUUGAAACAUACAAGAAUGUCUUUUGUCAAAGAAAGCUGGUUCUACAAUUAUGCAGCAACUAGCAAACAAUUGUAGAAACAUGUGAUUACUCAAUUGAGACGGCUCUUAAAGACUAAAAAGUUUAAAGCUGGCAUUUGGUGCUUAAUUGGUACUCCUGUAAUAAUGGAGGUAAGGAAUACAAAGACGAAGCUUUGCUAGGAGGGUGAAGGAAGACUUGCAUGCACAUAUCUCAUACCAGCAGUAGCUUCCCCGCGGAUUAUGUGCCCAUUGUGUUCGACAGCUUUUGUGCUAAUGUCGUGGUUGAUGGGUGUACAGUGUACUAUCAACCUUGGAUUACUUACCUUGGUUGAUGGAUAUGAGGAUUAUAACUGGUUGAGGCCUUUGAGCUACAGAGUGAAUUCCUGAGUAGUGGCAUUACGCCCCAACUGUGCCAAUUGUGCUUGUAGGAACCAAACUUGAUGUACGGGGAGACAAGCAGUAUUUGAUUGAUCAUCUUAGCGCUACAUCAGUGAUCUUUCAGUUAGCUGUUGUUUGGAAAGAGGAUUGUCGACCAAAAGAGGGAGGAAAAUUCAUAUGUUAUUGAUAUGAAGGGUGAUUGAGAUACAAAAUGAUAUUUAGUGUAGAUUUUCUUUUAUGAGGACUCACAGCAGU